AUGCAGCGCUUCAAGUUCCUAAACCGCAAAAACGACCAGCGCGUCCAAAAGUGCUUCUACAAGGUCAGCGCAAACCAGCGAAUCACGAAAAUCGUGAGGGAGGUGUAUCUGCGAAACGACAUAAGCUGUGGAGUAGAGAAAUGCAACGUAUGCGAAAAUAAAAACAAAAGAAAGUACCUGGAUCCAGAGAGGAAUAUUCUCAUCUUAGACAUAAACACCAUAAUCAAAUAUAUAGACUUCUUGUACGAGUGCAGUGUGGAUAACAUAUUAAUCCCCCUGACCAUAUAUGAACAUGUGAGGACGUUUAACAAAAUUUUGCAUAAAAAGCUACACGAGCUGUGUUACAAGACGGAAGGUAGUAAUCCCAGCACUAACAGACGCUACAGCGUGUUUGCGAACAAGUUCUGUAAGUUUACCUACGUGGAUGACAAUGCUGAUCUGUCGACGAAGCAAGUCCAAGAAAUCAUAAAAAUAGUCAUAUGGAUUAAGCAACAUAAUGCCAACCUCAAAUUAAUCGUCGUAAGUAAUAAUAAUUUUUUAAAAGAUGACUGCCUGAAAAAUGGCAUUUGUUGUUUUAGUAUGUACGAAUAUGUCAAGAGGUUAAGAGGGGAGAGCAAAAAUAGCGAUACACUUGGCGCCAUUAACUUGGACACUUUAAAAAUGUAUUUCGAAGAAGACAUGCUAAUGGAUGAGAAGCAUACCAAGGAGGGAGGUGUGGGAAAUUGCCAUGGAGAUUCGGAUGAGGAUACGUACCCCAUGGCAGAGACAAAACGAAUAUUCGAACCCCAUUUGGAGAGAAAGGAAAUGAUCCAAAGGCUUAGGGAUAAGCUCAUUAUGAAGGGCAUUUUUCAAGUCAUCUGCGUUAAUAAAAUGGCCCUAGUAAAAAUUACAGACUCGGAUGAAGUUCUUAUAAGGGGGCCUAAACGUAUGAACAGAGCACUACACAAUGAUGUGGUGGCAGUGCAGAUUCUGGAGGAUGGCGAGGGAGAGGUCUCGGGGCAAGAGGAGGAAGACUACUUCGAGGAGGUGAUCAGUCCGGAGGAGGAGCAACAGGAGGAGGAGCAACAAGAGGGGGAGCAACACGGGGGGGAGCGCCAUCAAACGGGACAGCAGCAAACGGAACAGCAUCAAGGAGAACAUUCUGACGGGGGGCCAAAGAGAAGCAACGAAACGGAGACGUCACCCAAGAACAACACCAAAAAGAGCAAAGUGUACGGAGAGGUAGUCGGAAUCAUCAGCAGAGGAAGAAAAGAAUACGGAGGAGUGAUAAAGGCAUAUGAUAAGGAACAAAAUGCACAGAAAAAGAAAAUAUUAUUUUUUAAAGCCUUUAAUAACAAGGUACCAUAUAUCAUAAUAAAGAGCAGCAUGGGGGAAGAGCUAAAAAAUAAAAGAGUAAUUGUCGUCAUUGACAGGUGGGAUUAUAAUUCCAAGUACCCCUUGGGGAGGUGUCUAUCCGUGUUAGGAAUAUGCGAUGACGUUGAGACGGAAACUAAAUUGAUUUAUAACGAGUACAACAUAUCGACGAAGGAGUUUAGCGAAAGUGCGUACAAGUGUUUACCUCCAAAUGAUUGGGUAAUCCCAGAGGAGGAAUAUGCGAAGAGGAAAGAUUUUCGAGAUGUGCUAACGUUUAGUAUUGACCCCCCAGGGUGUGAAGACAUUGACGAUGCGCUAUCCGUGCAAUUGGUGGAGGAGCAAAACGUUAUAGAAGUAGGAGUACACAUCGCAGACGUGUCUUAUUUCGUAAAGCAGAAUAGUGCACUAGAUUUGGAAGCCUCCAAACGGUGCACAACAGUUUAUUUAAUAAAUCAGCGUGUUGAAAUGCUUCCAAAAUUGCUAACUACAGAUUUGUGUUCCUUAGUAGAAGGUCAAGACAGACUGACCUAUAGCUGCAUCUUCACAUUUGAUAUGGAUUACGAAAUUAGAGAUAUCAACGUGAGUAAGUGUAUCAUCAGAAGUAACAAAUCCUUUUCGUAUGAGGAGGCACAGAACGUGAUUGACGACAGGAAGGAUUCUUCUCCCACAGCGAAGGCGCUACGAUUACUGAACAGCAUCUCGAAGCACUUAAAGAACAAGUGGAUAAACGAAGGGUCACUGGAGCUGAGAGGCAAUUCAGAAGUACUCUUCGAAUUUGAAUCCAACGAUUUUUCAAAGACGAAAAAUUUAAAGCCAUAUGUAUCGUACGAAACGAAUAAGUUGAUUGAAGCAUUUAUGCUUUUAGCUAACCGAUCCGUGGCAAGAAUAAUCUACCAAGGUUUCAAGGCAGCCAGUGUGUUGAGAAGGCAUCCUCCACCAAAAAAGGAAAAUCUGAAAGAAUUAAAUGAUUAUCUAGAAUCGAUAAAUAUUCACGAUUUUAAGUACGACACGUCUAAGGAGCUUUCCUACUCAAUUAAUAAUAUCAACCUGAAGGAUGACAAAGUUUUAUCUAACAUUUUAAAAAUACUGAUCACCAAAUGUAUGAAUGAAGCUGUGUUUAUCUCAGGGUAUAAUGUACACAAUAAUGAGAUGCUGAGGCACUACGGAUUGGCUGCAGACAUUUAUACCUUUUUUACAUCCCCCAUUAGGAGAUACGCCGAUAUAAUGGUUCAUCGAGUUCUCAAUCAUAUUUACGGCAUUGAAAUAUUGGACAGCAAAUACCUAGACGUUAUUUAUCUGAACAGACAAGUUUCCCUACUAAAUGAAAAGUACAGAAAUGCCAGAUUUGCAGCACGCGCAUCGGUUGAAUUUUUCUCUUACCUUUACAUUAAAAAAGUGGGGAACCAGAUUACCAAUGCAGUAAUUACGAAUUUGAAGAAAAACGGAGUGCAGAUAUUUCUACCAUGCUACUCCGUGGAGGGCAUUUGCUACUUGAAGAGGAAGGACGGGUUCGUGUUCGAUGAGAAGCGUAAGCGCUUUCAAAAGCUCGGCGAAAAUAAUGAGGUGCUCUUUUCCCUCAGCUUCUAUGACAAUAUUCAGGUCCACGUGCAGGUCGACAGAUGCGACAUCAAGUGUCAGAAUAACUUUGUUUUUAUAAAGAAGCUGUGA